GGAUGUUUUCAGCAACCGUCAACAUCCGUGGCAUUCAACAUUUCUAAAAGGGCAGUUAAAAUCGAGUAAUUCGAAUAAUGUAGCCUCCAUUUCCAGGAUCAGAGAUGAAGUGCCACCGCCCACUUCUGGGUUGAAUGUUUAUCAAGAGUAAAAGGAGAUUCCUUAAGCAUGGCAGCUUGAAAUCACAAGCAGUUGAACUCAACAUGGUCACCGCUAUGUGGCAGGUUUGAAUCUUCACCCCAAAACCUGAACAAAGAGCCCAACCAGUAAACGACUUAAAAGCGGCUGCAGGUUGGAAUUUAGGUAGCUAGAUGGAGUAUAAAUAUGCAUGGAAAAUCAAAUUCAUAUGUGCAUAACAUUGCUCUACUUCGUGGAGAGCUUGUGAGGGGAACUGGAAAACCCCAGGAGUUUACAAGGUCAAUUAAGAUGAACUUGUGAAGAAUCGGGACAUUAUUUAGCCAUGGAAAGCAAAAAUACAAAGGAUUUAGAAGCAGAUAUUCUGGAAUAUAUUAAACAGCUUGAUACCACUGUUGGCUCUGCAACUCAUGUCAAUGAAGUUAUAUGUGCACUCCAGCCCUUGGCAUCCAAGCUAUUCAAUGUUCAAAAACAACCAGGUUAUAUUGUGCAAGACAAUGCAAAGCAGGCAGUUGGGAUUCAAAGCUGGAAAGAUAUUGCCCAUGAAGCCUUCAGACAUUCCUUCUAUAGUGGUGUUGCAUUUCCAACUUUGUCAAAAGUGUUACUUUUCGAAGUUGCUUCGAAUUGGUUAGCUUGCUUCCCCUUGUCAGCUCGUGUGUCAGUGUUUGACAAGUUUUUUCUAUAUGCACCAGCAAGUGAUGCAUUGCAAGCAUUGAUGCUUAGUCUACCUCAUGACCACAGUAAUGCCAGCCAUGAAGAGAUUGAUGUCCAUGCAGUUAGUUCCAAUGCUGAAAGGAUUUUGGCUCUUUGCUUUGUCGAGAAUGAUGGGAUAAAGAGGAUGGCUCUAGAUCUCAGCACUUUGUUUAAGUUCAAAACACAACAAGAGAACAAGGAAGGAAUUACAGUUAUGGAGAUCUCAAGAAUGGCACAAUUGGUAGCAUCCAUUCCUGAUAAAGUGAGAUUGGAAGCCCCAAGGGUGUUAUCUGCUCACCAGUUCUUCAAGCAGGUCACAACUCAGCUACUUGCUGCAGCAGAAGAAAGAUAUAAGCAAAUGUCUGAAAAUGAAAUUUCAAAUAUAGUCAUGGGUGAUGGUGUGUUUACCUUUAUUGGUGAAACUUUUGCAAGGAUUUGUAGGCGUGGGCAUGCAGAUAUUGUUGCAUCUGAAAUGAUUCCGACACUUCUUCAACAUGUUAGGAAAUGCAUAAAUGCAGAAGAUGUGAUGCAUGCUUCAACAGAAUCAGUUGAGACAGGUUGUGGGCUGACAUUUUGGCAAGCUAUCACUACAGCUAUAAAAGAUUCCUAUGCAAUGGAGAGAUGGACUGAAGCUUUACUACGACAUAUGGCUGCUUUAAAUCUUGAUGACAAAGAAGCUUAUUGGAUGAUUCGGACAUUAUUUGACAAGAUAUUUAUGAAUCAAGCAAGUAUCGGGGCGUUAUUUACUGAGAGAUUUUUACUUUGGAAGGUGUUUCCUAUUUCUUGCUUGAGGUGGAUAUUACAAUUUUCUGUCUUCCGUUCUUCACCUGCAUCAAAAGAGCAUUCCCAAGAGGACACAAAUAAUAUUCAACUUAAUAUUGUGAGACAUCUUGUUCAAAUAUGGGCCAAAAGGGACUUUAUUCAAUCGACUUCCAUGGAACAACAGUCAUAUAUUACAGCAGCAAUAGGUAUGCUAGAAAGCCCAAUUUCUCCAGUGCGUAAGAUGGCAAGUUGUGUGGCUUUGGUUUUUUCUCAAGUUAUUGAUGCAAAGAACCCUCUCUUUCUGGAUGAUGAAAACUGUGCAGAAGAGAUUCUUGAUUGGGAAUUUGGAGUAGCUGGAACAAGAAAAAAGAGGGCAAAUAUUGCUGUUCAUCCUCCAGUUGGUGAGGACAAUAAUGCUAAGAUACCUAUCCUGGAGUAUCAAAAUGCUGGUGUUCAUAGUGGCAAUGAUAACAAGAAGAUAACCAGCUUGAGUGAGGACAAUAGAGGAACAAACUCCUUGGAUAUCAAAAGUAAUAGAAGGAAAUCUAAUGAACUUAAGGUGGAUGACCCUGAUGAAGUUAUUGACCUAGCGACCUUAAACAGACAAGACUGGACUGAUGAAGAUGACAAUGAAAGUGUGGAGUCCGAAAAUCAGAGUGAAUCUUCUCUACAGCCUUAUGAUAUGUCAGAUGAUGAAUCUGACUUGAAAAGAGAAACACUCCCCUCACAUUUAAGUGAAUGUGUGGCUUCAUUGAGGAAGACAGACAACCCAGAUGCUGUUGAGGGAGCACUUGAGGUCAUUGAAAAGCUUGUAAGAGCAGUUCCAGAUGAACUUAGCAUUGUCGCUGUUGACCUUGUUAGAGCACUUGUCCAUGUUCGAUGUAGUGAUGUAACUGUUGAGGGAGAAGAGGAAUCUGCAGAAGGAAAAAGACAUUGCUCUCUUGUUGCAUUGCUGGUAUCAUGUCCGUUAAGCUCUGUGGAGGUCAUUACAAAGGAACUGUACUCACCAAAUGUUGAUGUCAGUCAACGGCUUUUGAUACUUGAUGUUAUGGCAGAUGCAGCACAGGAGCUUUCUAACAGUAGAGAUCUUAAAAGAGAAAAUUUAAGUGAGGGGGGCAGCUUAUCUACAAUUACCGAGCUGCCCACUAAAUCUGGCAGCAACCCAUGGUACUUACCUAGUAGUAAAAUAUCACCACCUGGGGCUGGUCCUUGGAGGAAAGUUUCUGAUUCAAAAGGAAUGCUAAGUUGGUCUAGUCGUUAUGAGAGAGAGCUUCCAUCAAUAUCUGGAAAGAAAAAAUUUGGGAAAUCGAGGAGAUGGGGUCACCAUUCCAUGCAACUUAGGGAGAGGCAACUUCAGAAGUCUGAAACAUGGUCAAUAAACAGAUUCCCUUCCUAUGCUGCAGCUUUCAUGCUUCCAGUCAUGAGUGGAUAUGAUAAGAAGCGGCAUGGUGUUGAUCUCCUUGGAAGAGACUUUGUGGUUCUUGGAAAACUGAUAUACAUGCUUGGAGUUUGUAUGGAGUGUGUGGCAUUGCAUCCAGAAGCAUCAGUAUUGGCUCCCGUUCUUCUGGAUAUGCUGAGUUCUCGGGAGAUUUCUAAUCACCCAGAAGCAUAUGUUAGAAUAUCGGCUCUUUUUGCAGCAUCUCGCAUAUUGAUAUCUCUCCAUCCAUCAUUUAUAGCAGCAUCUUUAAGUGGAGGUGAUGCUCAAAUUGCAAAAGGGCUGGAAUGGAUUCGCAAUUGGGCUCUUCGUGUUGCUGAAGUUGAUUCCGACUUUGAGUGUUCUGCGAUGGCUACGGCAUGUGUAGAACUUCAUUCAGAGAUGGCUUUUCAAACCUUCAGGUCAAUGAAAUCUAUAGAUGAAUCUAUGGUUGGUCGUGGUAAUAUAUCUGAUAAUGUACCAAAACACUCUGUCAUACUGCCAGGAUUUAAAAUAUCCAAUCAAAUGUGACACUAUUGAACAUGCUUUGAUUUGCAAUCUACAAUAUGAUUCUAAUAUUUACUCUCAUGUGUCUUCAUGGGAGUUUCAAUUAGCAGCAUUUGCAAAUUUAUUCAUGUGAGUCACAUCAUUUGUUCUUUGCACGAAUAGCCAAAUUUGUACAUGUACAAUUGUUCGGAGCAAUUUAGAUUUUUCUGACA